AUGAGCGACGGAGCAAACAAACGAAAGCAGGGCCCAAGCAGGGGAGGUCCGGCAAACAAGAAGAGCAAGGGAGGUACUGCUGGCAGAUGGCAGACGCCAUUCCAGAAGGCCAAGCAUGCCGAAAAGGCUGAGCUAGGAAGGACAUUGGAGGUCAACGACGCUGGCAUCUGGGUGACAUACGCCAGGGGCAUGAAGGGGAAGGCUAUGCGGGAGUUCAAGGCGCUUUGCAACCAGUAUGGCGAGUCCAUGUUUGGAGUUGAAGCUCCGGUUGAUCCGACUGAUGAGGUGAAGGAGGAUGAGGAGGGCCAGGAUAUUGAGGCUUCGAUCCAGCAGGAACUGGAGAGCUUCAAGGAGUCCAAGCCCAAGACUAAACAAGUCUUCACCGCCAUCUCAACCGGACUCGAGUGUGUCUUCUUCAUGAAGACCACUGAACCCAUUGACUCUCUCAAACUCAUUCAGAAAAUGUGCCAGGAUGCCAAGGACUGCCCGGAUCCGAGGGAGCGGAAGACCAAGUACGUCAACCGCUUGACGCCUGUUCAGGAUACGGAUAAAGCAAGCGAGAACGGCAUCGAGCGGGUGGCCCGGACCGUCUUGGCCCAAUGGUUUGAGCUGAAAAGCGAGUCUGGCGAUGAUACCCAAAACGGGGCCGAUGCUCAGGGUGAUGGAACGGAACCUGCAGCGUGCACGUACGCCAUCCGGCAUAACAUUCGAAACCACACCACCUUCAAGUCGGAUGCUAUCAUUAAGAAGGUUGCCGGCCUAGUUAGCCCUAAACACAAGGUCAACCUGGGCAACCCAGACAAGGUGAUAUUGGUCGAGAUCUUCCAGACAUUUUGCGGAGUCUCGGUUGUCGAUGGCAAGCAAUGGGAGGAGCUGAAACGGUACAAUCUGAACGAGCUGUACAAGUUGGCCUCGGAAACGAAGAAGGAUGCUCCUGCCGAGGGAGCUGCGGAGUCGACAUAG